GCAAGUCAGCGAGGUACAAAGAACUGGGCAUUCACCUUUAAAUCCGUCCAUUUAAAAAAAAUACUUCUCCCUCUCAGCGCUAGCUUCAAUGGAUCCCACCUACCUGAGUGUACAGGCGGACGACGACCAGCGGGCUUAAGCUGACACCCCAGCAAGUUUUGAUGGAUUGUGAUACCAGCAGUUUUGAGGAAAUACGUGGCUUUGGAUUAAUAAUAAUAGCAUUACUUCAGCACUUCCCAAGUACGUUACCAGGUACAACAGUUUGACAGAGUCCGGUACUUGUGAGACGGUGCUGAUGGGGGACACAGGAGCUAGGCGCUCUACUCUGGUCUCCAGAUUACCCAUCUUCCGACGGAGCACUUCGAAAAGACGAGAUUCCCUUCCAUCUUCUCCGUCAUCGGUCACCAAUGGAGUCCACACCUCCUCUCCGUCCAGCACCAAUUCCAGCUCCAGCAGUGUGGGCAAAAGGAGGAGCAUCUUCCGCGCCCCAUCCAUUGGCUUCCAUUCCAAAAAGAAUCAGGAGCAUCGGAUGGAAGCCCGUGAUUCCAAUUUGAAUCUCCCCAAUGGUGUCCAGUGUCUGGAUGGGUCGAGUCGAAAGGAGAUUGCUGAUGAGAACGGCAAAACCAAGAUGCGCCAUUCAUUUGGGUUAAGUGUUACGCGGAGCAAAAAGAUCACCCGGUCGAUGACUGAGGACUUUGACAAGGGAAAGGACCCGUCUCACAACAAAAAUGUCUUCAUGAAUUGUAUUAGCUCUGGGAGGUCCAGCAUUGAUGAGGGGGAUGACUCUGGUUUCCCUGAUGACCAUAGCAAACAUUCCGUCAAGCACUCCAGCAGAAAACUACUUCCCAAAUCCUUUUCCACGCACUACAAGCUUUCGAAGAAUAUUGCACGGAGUCCGUCAGUAACAACGGCAGAUCAGCCCAAGGUGUCACCAGAAGCCAACCUGAACACAUUAAAACGACCUGUAACUGAAGAGUCCUCAAAUUAUCUGCAGGUUGAGAACACAGAAGGUUCAUUACAUUCACCUCUGCUUUCAAGCGACAAUACCACGAUACUAACCCCAUCAGAAUUUGUGCCAAUGUCUGCAGACUCGGUCUCUGAGGCUGAUAAGGAAAUAUUAGUCUCUGCUGAUCCGAAUCAUGGCAUUUCUUUGUUUGACACUGCUGUUAUCCCGACCUGCGUGGACUCUCCCAGCUUGGCUGCUCAAGUCUUGACGUAUGCAGAAUGCAGCUUUCACAAAGAAACAGCACUGCUUUCAAACCUGGAGGCCCCUGAGAUCCAAUCUCGUCGUUCCCAAGGAAUGCCUGAAACUGAAGAAAGCCCAUGGAUGGUUGGCUGUUUGGAAUCAAAGGAAAUGUGUGAUGGUGACACUCAGAAGCAAGUAGGCGACCCCAUUGCCGAGGAGGUUGCUUCUGUUCCACAUGAUAUGUUGUCAACUGAAAAUGGAUUAGAGCUGAUGAAUCCAUCCACUGGGAAGACUUGUAUGAUAGCCAGCACUAACUCUGUCCCAAUGAUGAAGCAAGAGAAAUGUCAUGAAACAUCUCAUUCAACAGUGACAAUGAACAGGAACUUCAGUCCCCGGCAUGAGGAGAAGUGGGUGGAGCGGCGCCUGAGGUCAUCCUCGGAGGGAACGUCUGGAAGCCGGAGAAUCCAUGGUGUCCGAGACAGCCGGCCUGAGGAUUUGCCUGGUCUGAAGAAGCAGAGAGCUGGUUCCUCAUCGUCCAAGAUGAACAGUAUGGAUGUUUUAAACAAACUGGGAUCAUGUGACUUGGAUGAAGAUGAUCUAAUGCUGGAUUUGGAGUUCCUGGAAGACCAGCGCCACCAGUGCGAGAAUGUUGCUGCCAAACGUUUUGUGUGCCGGGAAGACUCGAAUCACUCCAUUAAAUCAUGCUUGGAGAUUCUACACAUACCAGCAGAGUUGAAGGUGAAGCUUGAAGGACCAAAGGUUCCAGAGAAUCCAAAUGAGUCUGUCUUUACAAAGGAAGUUGAACAUGGAGAGCUUAGACCUGCUCGGAACAACCAAUGGCCUGGCGGGACAUCUUCGGACUGCUCCUUUCUGAGGGAGGAAGAGUGUGCUGGUGGUCUGGACCCAUUGUCCUUGCGACUCAUGAUGCAGGACUGUACAGCAGUAAAGACUAUGCUUCUCAAGCUAAAGAGAAUUCUGCAGGAGAGUACAGAGUUGAGUCCUGCCAGCAGCACACAUUCACUUCCUGUCAGUCCAAUCACCGAGAUGCCAUUUCCUUUAAAGGACACUAAAGAUGAAAGCUCACUCCUCAGACUUCAGCUGAAGGAGAAAGAUGAACUGAUUUCACAACUCAGAGAGGAACUUGACAGUUGUAGAAGUUUACAAAAGGAACACUCCUCACAAGCAGAUAAGUCCACACAGACUGAGGUCCUCAGUCAUGACGUUUCACAUCUAAAUCGAACUGUGAACCAAACUUUCAACACAAGGGACAGAAGAUCAGUACCUAUACACACAGAGGACCCAUGUAAAUACUCAUCACCUGGGCAGGCAGCUACCUGUGAGAUUAAGCCUUGUCAAGUUUCAAGCACAUUAACUGGACAGAACCAAAAAUUGCAAGAAGCUGGACGAGCGUUCAAGUCGCUCAACGGCGGGGUGGAAAAUCCUUCAGUGGAACAGUCACAAAAUAUUCAGAGCAAUGGAUCUUGCCGGAGUCCCUUGCAGAGUAAAGUCAAGGCUGUGGUCAAUGCAGAAGAAGUCUCAGAAUUGACAAAAAGUCGGAAGGAAAAGCUACCCCUUCCCAGGCAGCAGUCUGUAUUCGUCGGACGCCUUGGACAGCCUCCUCGUGGGCCUCUCUCCUUGCACAUGUACAGUAGAAAGAAUGUUUUUCUUCAGCACAGUCUAUACACCUCUGACCUGCAGGCUCUGGGUCAGAAAGAUGGCUAAAACCAACUGCUGGCCAGAGAAAGAAGUACAAAUCUCAUAGCUGCUUCUGUAGAACUUCAUCCAGGUACCAAGGGAGAAUGCACUUGGGAAACUCAUGAAAGCUUUCCACAUUGCUGCCUCCCACAUUUUCCAAGAUUUCACAGAUUUUUUCAUUACUAUUUCUACCCAAAAAGAUAAAAGCCAUUUUCCAUGGGAACCUUAAACUAACUGAGAUGAGGUUAUGAGUGGUAUCUUUCAUUAGAGAGAAAGAGAGCUGAAACAGUAGCAUUGAUUUUUUUAAGGAUACAGUACAGGGAUGAUGGCACAAAAGGUCUCUUGCUAUGCUGUAUGGUUCUCCGUGAUUGUGCUGGCCAGUGGAAUCUCAUUCCAUGUGUGCUAUCACUACACUAUUAGGCAGUCCCUGGCUGUAUCAUUUACAAGAAAUAGAAAUGAAUGUUUUAAUAGAUAAAAUGCAUUUGUAUGUGGAAACUUCUUACUUAUAGACAAAGGAAGCAUGUUAAAAAUUAACCUUGCAUUCUCUGGAUGUGGAUUUCACAAGAUGGCAUGCUUUGGUGAUGAGAAAUGUCAACUUAUUUUAUUACUAAAUCUUUUGAUUCAACAAGGCAAGAAGGAAAGAAAUUAAAGUGGGCACAUUGUGAACUUGCCAUCACUGCUGAGGAGCACUAGAUAUUUCCUCUGUUCAAGUAAACAGUGACUUUAUAGAAACUAAUAACUACAUUAGGCAUAACUUUCAACUACCAUGUUAUCAUUUAGAUUUAAAGAGAUUUGAUUGUAACUGCAUAAUCUUGAAAUUUUCUAAAAUAUGUCCCCAGAUGCCAUGUAAUAUUUUCCAUUUUCUCCUAUGGAUCUAUGGUUUGUUUAAUUGACAGAAAUUUUGGUGUCCAAUAAGGUGAUUAUAUUAUUAAACCAAACUUUAGAAUUGAAGGGAGGAAAUUAUUAACUUUGAGCCACACAAGCGAUGGAGUUCAGUGGUGUCCUGUCUAUUGAUAUUGUCUUGGAGAUGCAGAUGCAGGUGUUGGUUCAGAUGACACUGCACACAGCUCUGCUCAUACACCUGGAAUCCCUUAUUAUUUUGGGCAAAGGCAUAAUAUCAGUGAUAUCAAAUUGCCACUUGUUAAACCUCCUGGUCAACCUCCCUUUUGAUUGUCUUUAAGUUAAAGAAAAUGUAGCUAGAUGUUUUUAACAUCUGGAGUUAAAACAUACUCUUUUAUCAAAAUUUAGACAUAAAGCAUGGUAAUAAGCCCUCUGGACCAAUGAGCCCACACUACCCAAUUACACCCAUAUGACUGAUGAACUUACGAACCCCAUACGUUUUUGCAAUGUGGAGGGAAGUUGGAGCAACUGCAGGAAAUCCAUGCGA